AUGCGAUGCGCGAGCAAGGCCGCCGAGAGCGCGUCCGCACGUCUCUGUGCGGACGCCGAAGCAGAAACCACAGCAACUGAUGUCUCAUCGGUUGCUGAAGCGACUCAGCCUGUGUCACUUGGUGAUGCAGGCGCUGGUCAUGAAGACACUCAUGUCUUCACAGAGUAUGAGCUCGGUGUCUCAUACUCUCCUGAUACGGAAGACGGAUCCGUAUCGACGGAGAUCGAAUCUAAGCCGCCUGCCAAGCGUGGCAUGGAUGAUGCUAUGCGUCGUAGCAUCUUUGGUUCAUCUGAUGAAUCAGAUGAACCAUCGCCGAAGCGAAGGCGCUCGAGGUGCCAGCAUUCUGUCGGCACGUCGCAGGAAGGGCGGGACCGCAAUGUGUUGCGUCUCGCUCCUGAAAAGAAGGCAUGGAUGCCUCCAAAAUCUGUCAUGGAUCACUUGUCGGCGACGACGAGUGAUCGUUAUCGAACACGGUUGUUCGAUUCGUCAAGGAUCCAUCACCUUGACCCCAGUAUGAAAAACUAUCGCGCUGAGAAUGAGUUCUUCAUCGAUGCUUUCUUUAAACAUCGAUGGUACAGUGGGAAUCACAAACGUGAUGGCCCCUCACUGCUUCAAGCGUGGAACGCCUACAUCCAUAACCUCGAGGAUGUAGGUCGUGACGCUUGGAACGACAAACUUAUCAAAGCUCGUGAUAAGUUUGAAAAGCGAACCCCGACAGGUGCACGCUACAAGCUGCAUCGUCUGUCAAGGGAGAAAGGAUUACCCUGCCUCUCUUGGGGAGACUCGUGCCCAUGUUGUGUGAACAACUCUGCACGAGCACCUAAGGAGGCUUACCUCCUUAUUAGCCCGUGGUGGCGCGUACGUAUCUCUACUGAGAUGUACGAAGGGAUUGACAACCUGAAAUCCCUUUACGACCGUGCCGGGAAGACUUUCUCCGGCGGUCCUUCUGCGGCACAGGAUGUGCCGCGUCGUACUGCUCAACCAGACCCAGUACGUCACCCAUCAGUUGGGAGCGGGGCUCCCAAGUAUCCCAGGACGGGGGAUAGCCGCGCCACCGGACGAGAUAACUCGUCCGACGUCCGUUUACGUCGCGGUGGUUCAACAGCUGCUCAACUAGAUAGCGCUGGCCACCGCGAUAGUCCUCUAAUGGAGGUGGAGGAGGAGGAAAGACGCUCUCCACACGAUCGUCGGGAUCCGUGUGUUCCUGAGAGCUUCUUCGAUCGCGUAAUGCAAGGGUUACGCGACGAUCUCGAACAUGAGCGGAACAGGCGUCUCCAAAUGGCGGACACUGCCUUGAAGCAUCGAGCUGAGUUUGCCUUUGCUCAGCUUGAGAACGAGAGAUCUCUGACAUCUCUUCGUGACGAGCUACGGGUAGCUCGUGGGAUUGUUGAUCGGUCUCGGGAUGAGAUAACUGCUCUUCAGACCCUUGUCGAUGCCCACCAUCGGGAGCACAAGGCUCUCUGCAAGAUGUUUGAGCGCAAGGGCGUUCUUCAUAGGAAGAAGCAGCGUACUGGUGGUACGGCUUAA